AUGAGAUCUGAAUUUUUCUCUACCUUGAAAAGUCAGCCUAAUGACAUACUCACUAAGCUGCUAGUAGCGGGGAUACUCAUCAAUGCAUGCUACUUUUAUUACUUAACAUUUCCAUUGAAAAAGACUGAGUUGAAGCCAUUGCUAGUUUCUAAUUCUUAUGGAGGCAGUGGAGUGCCCGAAUUGGAAGAGUCAUUGACUCCGGAGAAUUUUAGAGAAUAUGUACGACCUCUUGACAAAUAUAACAGCAGUGCCAUCUUCAAUACCAUCAAUGACGCGAUGAAACAAAAAAAUUGCGAUAUUCAUUCUGUAGGUGUAUCUUUUAUUCCAGCUGUAAUUCCACAAGGUACUCUGUUGUAUCAUGCGGGGAAGGGAGAAGUUCCGUCAAGUUUUGAAUGGGUGGCAUUUGAUCAUGAGUUUAGUUUAAUAUUUGGAUCUAGAGCUCAGCCAAGAGGAAGGGAAAGCUUAAAUAACAGUUACCAUCGAGUAAAAAAGGAUGAAGUACCAGUAAAGAAGACUAGAAAUAGAAGAAACAGAAGAACCUGGUCGUUGGCUUCGUUGAUGACAUUUCAGACAACCAGAGACUUGAAUAAAGUUAUCUAUAUAGACGGUGGGAGUGCUGCGAAGACAACUACAGGUGAAUUGGACACUCAAGAGCUGUGGUCGAAUGUAGUAGGAGGACCCGCAAAUAAGAACGAUACUUUUUAUAGAAUUCCAGAAAGAAUAUACGCCAGACAAAUAUGUGAAUGGGGGAAACCACUUGGUUUAGACGGGUUCAUUCGUGUUGAACUUGGUUUUGAGAUGGUAGUUUGUGACUUUACCAACGGUUUGAAACUAGUUAGCAAUACUACAAUUAUUGGGAAUGAUCAAACAGCUGGAUUACCGCCUGCUGUUCCUCUAACCAAAGAGAACGGAUGGCCUAUUAAUGAAAAUGGUGAGCUCAUUGAAGAUGAAUUGACAGAAGAGCAGCAGAAAAUAUUGGAUCAAGAAGACGUAUACCACAAAUAUUUGACUAAUGCAAAUGUGGGAGGUAGGUACGACCAUGUGAGAGCAGGAAAUUUCCAUGACUCAGGUGAAAGGAGGGUCAAAUUAGACUUCAGAUAUAUGGUGACAGGGAUAAAUAGAACAUGGCUGGACCCAAACACAAAUGCAAGAAGACUUGUAUCGGACUCAGUACCAGAAUCAGUUCAUACUGAUCUUGUCAAUGAGCUAAAACAGUCAUUAUCAAUGGAAUCAGGGUUCAACGCGGCUCUGUCUAAUGACUGGCAAAAUAUUGUUAGGGAAAUUAUAGGUAAAUUCUCACCAAUGCUACAAAACAUACGCGAUUCGAUCAAUAAAAACUACGGUUCUCCAGAAGAAAGAGCUACCAAUGCAUCUUUUUAUUAUAUUAACUUCAUUAAGAGAUUCCAAGAUGUUAAUACAACUUUGGAGCAAAAUAAAGAACUAGCAGUAUACCAAUACUCAGCUCCAGUAUUGCCGUUAAAAACGGAUUCAGACUUCCUAAUUUUCUCCGCUGUUGUCAAUGUGGUGAGAGAAGUAGUAGAUGCGAUAUUUGAUAUACAUGCUGAAUUAAACCCUCUGGUCUUAUCGUACUUGAAGGAGGAAACGCACAAGAAUGCUCAACAAGCUAUACGGAGUGUCGAUUCAUCAAUUAGAGAAUUAAUACAAUAUCUUCAAUGGGUAGAGCUGAACUACAGAUGCGAAGAGAACUGUGGAACAGGUGGCGUGUGCUACACUCCAUCAUGGGGACCCAGCGCAUUCGGUUGGGUAACUCCAAACGAUAAAGAUAGUCCAAACUUUGGCUUGAAAUGGCAAGACAGUAUCAAUCGUUACGAAAUUGAUAAAAACCAGAAAUGUGUAAACCUUGAUACUAUGUUAUCUGCAAAAUGGAACUAA